CAAUAAAAGAAAAGGUAAAAGUGGUUUGAAGAGCAAACGCGUUGGGCUCGUUGACCUGCUGGCUAUCAAUUUGAAGUGCUAAACUUGAUAACGUACACAGAUUUGAAAUGCUGUACAAUAUUUCCUCCACAAUAAAAAAAUGGCGCAAACAAAAGAAAGUAUCCCAGUUCUAUGAAAACCAAAAUGCGCUCCUUGAAGCCCACAAAGAAGAUAUGCAAACCUUAACUGAAGAGGAGAGUGAUAAAGCUGCUGAAAAGGAAAAACGGGACUUAGUUUGGGACUCAAGAAUUACCACAUUGACUAUUAUAUUAAACGUUUCCCUGAUCAUUGCUAAAUCGAUCGUUGCAUACUUCUCUGGGUCAUUGGCUAUUCUUGCGUCAGUCGUUGACAGCUUUAUGGAUAUAACCUCUGGAGUUGUUGUCUGGUAUGCUUGCUACAAAAUUGAGAAAAUGAAUAAGGAACAAUAUCCUGUUGGAAUGAGAAAACUCGAACCACUUACUGUGGUGAUUGUUGGCAUGAUAAUGCUUUUUGCCAACUUCAUCGUUUUGGAAAGAGCAACAGUUCAGACAAUAGAAGACAAGCUUGACCCGCGAGUUGAUCUGACAACACUGAUUGUACUUUGCACUGGAACUGCCACCAAAUUCUGUCUUUUCAUGAUUUGCAGAGUUAGAAAAUCAGCGGCAUGCCUCGUUCUCGCCAUAGAUCAACGAAAUGAUUGCCUAACGAACAUUGUUGCAUUACUAGGCGCUUGGAUUGGACAAAACUGGUGGAAAUACGCGGAUCCUCUUGGAGCAUUUAUGGUCUCCGGUUUUAUUAUUGUGACGUGGUUCCUCACCAUCAGGGAGCAUAUUCCGUACUUAAUUGGAAGACGCGCAGACCAGGAGUUCAUCAACAGAAUCACAAAUAUCUCCAUCAACCACGACCAACGCAUCAAAGCACUAGACACUGUCCAUGUCUACCACUUUGGAGAAAAAUUUCUAGUGGAAGUGCAUGCAGUCUUUGAUGAACCAGCACCCCUUCAAAUGGCGCACGAUGUAGCUGAGAGUUUGCAAGUCAAGUUGGAGAAGCUGCCCUUUGUAGAGCGUGCCUUCGUACAUUGCGACUAUAAGUUUGAUGGUGAUGAACACGUCUGAACAACCUUGAGAAAAGAUAAGGAAUGUGAUUUUUAAACAUGUACAUAUGUCUGUGAAUAAAUCUAGUGAUGACUAACUC